AUGGCUCAGUAUGAAGAGAAGACGAAUAAAACGCAGCAGCAGCAGAUAAUGUUCAGUGGUUUUAUCUACACAUGUGGUGGCACCUUAAAAGGCAGAAACGGCAGUAUAGAGUCACCAGGCUUUCCCUAUGGCUACCCAAAUGGGGCAAACUGCACCUGGGUCAUUGUCGGAGAGGAAGGAAGUAGAAUCCAGCUCAUGUUCUUGUCAUUUGCCAUAGAAGAAGAAUAUGACUUUCUGUCCUUGUAUGAUGGGCACCCACAUCCUGCCAACUUCAGGACCAGGCUAACAGGCUUCCAGGUCCCUGCCCCUGUCACCAGUACAGGGAAUGUCUUCUCUUUGAGGUUGACCAGUGACUUUGCUGUCUCUGCACAUGGCUUCAAACUCAACUAUGAAGAACUCCACAGUUCAUCCUGUGGAAACCCGGGUGUCCCACCCAAAGCAGUGCUGAGCGGUGGCCCUCGUUAUGCUGUGGGAGACAGUGUGCGGUACAGCUGUGUUCCUGGUUACGUCUUAGAUGGCCACGCCACACUCACCUGCAUCACCAAUGCUGGAAACACAGCCGUCUGGGACUUUCCUGCUCCAAUUUGUCGAGCUGAGGACACAUGUGGGGGCACUGUGAGGGGCGGCAGUGGGGUGGUGACCAGUCCCGGUUACCCCGGCAACUAUGGUAACCAGGCCGACUGUACUUGGAUCCUUUUGGCCGAACCUGGAGACACCAUCUCUGUCAUCUUUACAGACUUCCAGACUGAGGAGAAAUACGACUACCUAGAAGUGGAGGGGUCUGAGCCGCCAACUAUUUGGUUGUCAGGCAGUAAUGUCCCCUCUCCCAUCGUUAGCAACAAGAACUGGCUCCGGCUGCAUUUUGUGACUGAUGGCAACCACCGUUACCGUGGUUUCAGCGCACAUUAUCAAGUGAAGCGAUCAGUAGAUUUUAAAUCACGGGGCGUUAAAUUAUUCCCUGGCAAAGACUCCAGCAACAAGUUUUCAAUAUUAAAUGAAGGCGGUGUGAGACAGGCAUCUAACUCCUGCCCUGACCCCGGAGAGCCAGAGAAUGGAAAACGCCACGGCAAUGAUUUCAGUAUUGGCAGUGUGGUGCAGUUCAGCUGCGGAGAGGACUAUGUUCUUCAGGGCAGCAAAACCAUCAGCUGCCAGAGAGUGGCUGAAGUCUUUGCAGCCUGGAGUGACCACAGGCCAGUCUGUAAAGUGAAGACAUGUGGCAGUAAUCUUCAAGGGCCGUCAGGAACCUUUACAUCUCCUAACUUCCCAAUUCAAUAUGAGAGCAACGCACAGUGUGUGUGGAUAAUUACUGCUUCAAAUCCUAAUAAGGUGAUCCAGAUCAACUUUGAAGAGUUUGACCUAGAGAUCGCCUAUGACACUCUGACCAUAGGAGAUGGUGGGGAGGUGGGAGAUCCUACCACUAUUCUACAAGUCCUUUCAGGGAGCUUUGUUCCUGACCUGAUUGUUAGUAUGACCCACCAGAUGUGGCUUCACCUGCAGUCAGAUGAGAGUGUUGGAUCGAUAGGAUUUAAGAUCAACUACAAAGAAAUCGAUAAAGAGAGUUGUGGUGACCCUGGGACUCCUCUGUAUGGGAUAAGAGAAGGGGACAGCUUCUCUAAUGGGGGCAUCCUGAGGUUUGAGUGCCAGUUUGGCUUCGAGCUGAUUGGAGAGAAAACCAUCUCCUGCCAAGACAACAACCAGUGGUCGGCAAACAUCCCCAUAUGCAUAUUCCCCUGCAUGUCCAACUUCACAGCUCCCUCAGGAACAGUCCUCUCUCCAGAUUACCCCGAAGGCUACGGGAACAACAUGAACUGCAUCUGGCUCAUCCAAUCUGAUCCAGGGUCCAGAAUUCACCUGGCUUUUAAUGACUUUGACCUCGAAGCUCCUUAUGAUUCACUAACAGUGAAAGAUGGGGAGACAAAUGACGCCAUAGUCAUUGGGAGGUUCUCAGGGGCUGAGAGUCCCUCCCAUUUGACAUCCAACACCAACACGCUGAGGCUGGAGUUCCAGGCUGAUCACUCCAUGUCAGGAAGAGGAUUUAAUAUCACAUACAGCACUUUUGGCCACAACGAGUGCCCAGACCCUGGCAUUCCCAUCAAUGCUCGCCGCUUUGGAGACAGCUUUCAGCUUGGCAGCUCCAUCUCUGUGGUCUGUGAGGACGGUUUUAUCAAAACCCAGGGAACUGAGACCAUCUCUUGUCAGUUAGAAAGAGGAAAAGUCAUGUGGAGUGGGCCCAUUCCCAAAUGUGAAGCUCCAUGUGGGGGCCACUACUCCGCCCCAAAUGGGGUGAUUUUGUCUCCUGGGUGGCCUGGUUACUACAAAGACUCCCUGAGCUGUGAGUGGGUGAUUGAAUCCGAACCUGGGCGCUCCAUCAAAAUCACAUUUGACAGGUUCCAGACGGAGCUGGGUUAUGACUUCCUGGAGAUCCAUGAUGGUCCAAACCUUCUGUCUCCUCUGAUAGGCUCCUUCAAUGGCACCCAAGUGCCCCAAUUCCUGUUCAGCAGCAGCAACUUUCUUUACCUGUUGUUUACCACAGACAACAGCAGAUCAAAUGUCGGCUUCAAACUGCUGUAUGAAAGUGUUACCGUGGACAGCUACUCCUGCCUGGACCCUGGCAUCCCCGUCAAUGGUAUCCGCUAUGGGCAGGAUUUCUCCAUUGGGUCCACUGUAUCGUUUGGUUGUGAUUCUGGCUACAGGCUGAGCCAUGAGGAGCCACUCGUAUGUGAGAAGAACCACUGGUGGAGCCACCCUUUACCUACAUGUGACGCUCUCUGUGGCGGUGAUGUGAGAGGUCCCUGGGGUACCAUCCUUAGUCCUGGCUAUCCAGACAGCUACCCUUCAUCUCUCAACUGUACCUGGACUGUUGAAGUCAGUCACGGGAAAGGAGUCCAGUUUCAAUUUAAUUCUUUUCAUCUGGAGGACCAACAUGACUACCUCUUAGUUACGGAGAACGGGAGUUUCCUGCAACCACUGGCUCGCCUGACAGGCAACGAGUUGCCUAGCAACAUCAAUGCUGGUCUCUAUGGCAACUUCAAAGCCCAGCUACGAUUCAUCUCUGACUUUUCCAUUUCAUACGAGGGCUUCAACAUAACUUUUUCUGAAUACACUUUGGAGCCAUGUGAGGACCCAGGAAUGCCUCGGUUUGGUAGGAGAAAUGGCUACAGUUUUGGUGUCGGAGACACGCUGUCUUUUUCGUGCAAUAUUGGGUACCGCCUAGAGGGGGCGCCUGAGUUAAUCUGUCUGGGUGGAGGGAGGAGAAUGUGGAGCGCACCUUUACCAAGAUGUGUUGCUGAGUGUGGGUCUUCAGUGAUAAACAAUGAAGGCAUCCUUCUCUCUCCAAACUAUCCAAUGAACUACGACAACAAUCACGAGUGCAUCUACAGCAUCCAGGUUCAGGCUGGAAAAGGUAUCAACAUCUCUGCUAGAACCUUUCAUCUUGCACAAGGAGAUAUUCUCAAAAUUUAUGACGGUAAAGACAACACAGCGCAUGUCCUUGGAGCAUUUACGGGAUCAUCCAUGUUAGGCCUGACGCUGAUCUCCACUUCAAACCACCUCUGGCUGGAAUUUUACAGUGAUGAGGAAGGUACAGGGGAAGGAUUCAAACUGGUCUACUCAAGUUUUGAGUUGUCUCAUUGUGAAGACCCAGGUGUUCCUCAGUUUGGCUUCAAGGUCAACGACCAAGGUCAUUUCUCUGGUAGCAGCAUCACUUACAGAUGUGAACCUGGAUACACUCUGCAUGGUGCCUCUACGUUGAAGUGUAUGACAGGAGAAAGGAGAGCCUGGGAUAACCCCCUGCCGUCUUGUAUCGCUGAGUGUGGAGGUCGUUUUAAGGGGGAGUCUUCAGGAAGGAUUCUCUCCCCUGGAUAUCCGUUUCCUUAUGACAAUAAUCUACGCUGCACAUGGACCAUAGAGGUAGACUCAGGAAACAUUGUGAGUCUCCAGUUCCUAUCCUUUGACACGGAAGCCAGUCACGACAUGCUGAAAGUGUGGGACGGACCACCUGAGAAUGAGAUGUCUUUGGCAGAGCUGAGUGGGUCUUUGCUUCCAGAGGGAAUCCACUCAACGCUGAACACUGUUACUGUUCAGUUUGAGACAGAUUUUUACAUCAGCAAGUCAGGAUUUGCAAUCCAGUUCUCUAGCUCAGUAGCCACAGCCUGCAGGGACCCGGGUGUACCGAUGAAUGGCAGCCGUAGUGGAGAUGGCCGUGAGCCGGGGGAUUCAGUGUCCUUUCAGUGUGACCCAGGAUACGAGCUCCAGGGAGACGACAAAAUCACCUGUAUACAAGUGGAUAACAGAUACUACUGGCAGCCCAGCCCGCCUGUCUGCAUAGCACCCUGCGGAGGAAACCUUACCGGCUCUAGUGGGUUUAUACUGUCGCCUAAUUACCCGCAUCCCUACCCUCAUUCCAAGGACUGUGAUUGGCUCAUUGCUGUUAACUCUGACUACGUCCUAUCUUUGGCCUUCAUCAGCUUUAAUAUCGAGCCAAACUAUGACUUUUUGUAUAUCUACGAUGGUCCGGACAGCAACAGCCCGCUAAUUGGCAGCUUCCAGGACAGCAAACUCCCAGAGCGAAUUGAGAGCAGUUCCAAUACGAUGCAUUUAGCAUUUCGCAGUGAUGGGUCUGUUUCUUACACUGGCUUUCACCUGGAAUACAAAGCAAAGCUGAGGGAGUCCUGCUUCGACCCAGGUGUGGUUUUGAACGGGACCAGGUUGGGGUCUGAUUAUAAGCUAGGUUCGACUGUUACCUUCUACUGUGAGGCCGGAUAUGUAUUGCAGGGCUACUCAACCCUAACCUGCAGUAUUGGAGAUGAUGGCAGACCAGGAUGGAACCGAGCGUUGCCUAGUUGUCAGGCUCCAUGUGGAAGUCGUUCUACAGGCUCAGAAGGAACUGUUUUAUCUCCAAACUUCCCCAGAAACUACACCUCUGGACAGACCUGUGUCUACUCUAUAUCUGUGCCAAGAGAGUUUGUGCUCUUUGGUCAGUUUGUGUUAUUCCAGACAUCUCUUAAUGAUGUGGUGGAAAUCUAUGAUGGACCUACACAGCAAAACACACUACUCUCUUCCCUAUCUGGGUCCCACUCUGGUGAGUCUCUCCCUCUGAGUUCAGGAAACCAGAUCACUGUUAAGUUUACCACAGUUGGACCAGAAACUGCUAAAGGAUUUCACUUCGUCUACCAAGCUGUGCCAAGGACCAGCUCCACUCAGUGCAGUUCAGUCCCUGAGCCACGCUUUGGAAAACGGCUCGGCAAUGACUUUGCAGUUGGCUCCCUGGUGCAGUUUGAGUGCAACCCUGGUUAUGUCCUACAUGGAUCCACUGCCAUACGGUGUGAGAGCGUUCCAGACAACCUUGCACAAUGGAAUGACACCCUUCCUACCUGCAUAGUUCCCUGCGGAGGAGUGCUGACCUCUCGUCGUGGGACCAUCCUGUCACCAGGAUAUCCAGAGCCCUACGACAACAACCAGAAUUGUGUGUGGAAAGUCUCUGUGCCAGAAGGGGCUGGAAUACAGAUACAAGUUGUGAGUUUUGCCACUGAGCAUAACUGGGACUCUUUGGAUUUUUACGACGGUGCGGACAAUCAUGCCCCAAGACUGGGCAGCUACUCUGGCACCACCAUCCCUCCUCUACUGAAUAGUACAUCUAACAACCUCUAUCUCAGCUUCAGCUCCGAUAUCAGUGUCUCUGCUGCUGGUUUUCACCUGGAAUAUACCGCUAUUGGCCUUGAGUCAUGUCCGGAGCCUCAGACUCCUAGUUAUGGAAUAAGACAAGGAGACAGGUUUAUGGUUGGAGAUGUUGUACAGUUCUCAUGUGAACAAGGAUACUCUCUUCAGGGCAAUGCUCACAUCACCUGCAUGCCUGGGCCUGUUAGAAGAUGGAACUACCCUGUGCCUCUAUGUCUUGCUCAGUGCGGCGGGUCCAUGACAGAUGUAAGCGGAGUGAUUCUCAGUCCUGGUUACCCCGGCAACUACCCAAGUGGAUUGGACUGCACAUGGACAGUCAACUUACCUGUCGGCUUUGGUAUUCAUCUCCAGUUCCUUAACUUCUCCACUGAAGCAAUCCACGAUUACUUGGAGAUCCGCAGUGGAACGCUGGAGACAGGCUCCGUCAUAGAUCGCUUUAGUGGCCCGGUCAUCCCCAAGCCUCUUUUCAGCACCACCCAUCAGACCAGCUUCUUCUUCCACAGUGACUAUUCACAAAACAAACCAGGCUUUCACAUCACCUAUCAAGCCUACCAACUCCAGAGUUGUCCGGACCCUCGGCCUUUUCGAAAUGGCAUUGUGAUUGGCACAGAUUUCAGCGUUGGGAUGACUGUGUCGUUUGAAUGCCUGCCUGGUUAUUCUCUGAUUGGAGACGCUUCACUCACAUGUUUGCAUGGAAUCAGCAGGAACUGGAACCAUCAGCUGCCUCGAUGUGAAGCUCUCUGCGGUGGCAACAUCACAUCAUUAAAUGGGACCAUUUACUCACCUGGUCACCCUGAGGAGUACCCCAACUUCCAGGACUGUGUGUGGAGUGUAAGAGUACCACCAGGACACGGGAUUUACAUCAAUUUUACUGUGCUCAACACUGAGCCCAUUUAUGACUACAUUACUGUCUGGGAUGGUCCUGAUCAAUCAUCUCCACAGAUCGGCCAGUUUAGUGGGAACACAGCAUUAGAGUCGGUCUAUUCAACCUCCAACAUCAUCCUCAUCAAAUUCCACUCUGAUUUUUCUGGCGCUGGAUUUUUUGUAUUAAGCUACCAUGCCUACCAAUUAAGGGUUUGCCAGCCUCCUCCAGAGGUGCCCAACGCUGACAUGCUGAUGGAGGACGGAGAGCUGGAGAUAGGUGACAUUGUCAGGUACAGAUGCCAUCCUGGAUUCUCAUUGGUUGGCAGUGAGAUUCUUACAUGUCGCCUUGGAGAGAGACUACAGAUGGACGCACAACCUCCAAUAUGCCAAGUCCAAUGUCCUGCACAUGAUGUCAGAUAUGACUCAUCAGGUGUCAUCCUGAGCCCCGGCUGGCCUGAGAGCUACCCCAACCUCCAGAUGUGUUCAUGGAGCAUAACUGUGGAGAAAGGCUACAAUGUCACUAUCACUUUUGAAAGUUUCCAUACAGAGAGGGAGUUUGACGUGCUGGAGAUUUUUGAUGGUCCAACACCCAACAGUCCAACUCUGGCAACGCUGAGCGGUGACCUCCCAACGCCUUUUAACCUUACAACCUCCGGUCAUCAGUUCCUGGUGCGCUGGUCCUCAGACCACGGCACAAACAAGAAGGGAUUCAAGAUUCGCUAUGUUGCGCUGUACUGCUCAACACCAGACUCCCCACUCCACGGUUCUAUAUCCUCGCAGAGCGGCGGCCAUGUUAACAGUGUGGUGCGGUGGGCCUGCGAUCGUGGUUACCGCCUCAUAGGCAACGCCACAGCAACUUGCCGCCGUACACCACUCGGCUACCAUUCAUGGGACUCUCCUGUACCUGCAUGUCAAGCUGUCUCUUGCGGGCCACCCAAGGCUCCUAUAAACGGCGGCGUUUUAACAGCUGACUACUCUGUCGGAACAAGGGUUUCCUAUUUCUGUAACGACGGGUACAGACUGUCCAGCAAGGAGCUGACGUCAGCCAUCUGUCAGCCUGAUGGAACAUGGAGCAACCAUAACAAGAUCCCUCGAUGUUCUGUGGUGGUGUGUCCAAGCAUCGGGUCAUUUUCUCUGGAGCAUGGCCGCUGGAGGAUCGUAAAUGGCUCACACUACGAAUACAGAACCCGCAUUGUAUUCACCUGUGAUCCUGGAUACUACAGAUUAGGCCCUGCCCACAUUCAGUGCUUGUCUAAUGGUGUGUGGAGCUGGAGAAAUGAGAGACCACACUGCCAGGUUAUCUCCUGCGGUGAGCUGCCGUCCCCGCCCAACGGGAAGAAGAUUGGUACUCAGACAACAUUUGGAGCAACAGCCAUCUUCACCUGUGAUGUCGGCUUCAUGCUAGUGGGGUCAGCCGUCAGGGAGUGCCUGUCAUCUGGGCUGUGGAGUGGAACGGAAACACGGUGUUUAGCGGGUCACUGUGGCAUCCCAGAAAGCAUUGUGAAUGGCCAGGUGAUCGGGGAGAACUUUGGGUACCGAGAUACGGUCGUGUAUCAGUGUCUGCCUGGCUUUCGUCUAAUAGGCUCAUCUGUUCGGAUCUGUCUUCAGGACAACCAGUGGUCUGGACAGCUGCCUGUUUGUAUACCUGUCAGCUGUGGCCAUCCAGGAAGUCCCAUAUAUGGUCGUACAGUGGGAAACGGCUUCAACCUUAACGAUGUGGUCAGCUUUGUUUGUAACCGGGGUUAUGAAAUGGAGGGGCCCUCACGCGCUCAGUGUCAGGCCAACCGCCAAUGGAGCCACCCGCCCCCAACGUGUAAAGUGGUCAAUUGCUCUGAUCCAGGAAUCCCGGCAAACUCUAUCAGACAGAGUAAAAUAGAGCAUGGGAACUUUACCUUUGGCACAGUGGUUUUCUACGACUGUAACCCAGGAUAUUACCUGUUUGGCUCACCUGUUCUGACCUGCCAACCUACUGGACAGUGGGACAAACCCCUGCCUGAAUGUAUAGUUGUAGACUGCGGUCAUCCUGGCUCUCCCCCUAAUGGUGUGCUGAGCGGAGAUAAGUUUACAUUCGGUUCAACGGUUCGAUACUCCUGUCUGGGCGGAAGACAGCUGAAAGGAGAAUCAUCCAGGACUUGUCAGCUCAAUGGGAUGUGGAGUGCCCCCAUGCCCUUCUGCUCUGGUGACACAGCUGGAUCCUGUGGCGAUCCUGGCAUUCCUUCUCACGGUUCAAGAGAACAAACAGAUUUCAGAAUCCGCUCCAAGGUUUACUUCAGCUGCUCAGAGGGCCACCAUCUAAACGGUUCUGUAGAGAGGAUGUGUUUCCCUAAUGGGACCUGGUCCGGCACGCAGCCCUUCUGUAAACCUGUCCAGUGUGGUAACCCUGGCACCCCCAGUAAUGGAAGAGUUUUUCGUUUAGAUGGAACAACAUUUUCUCACUCUGUCAUCUACUCCUGCAUGGAUGGAUACCUGCUCAACGGCGCCACCACAAGGCAGUGUCAGGCCAAUGGGACCUGGUCAGGAGCACAGCCCAACUGUACCAUGAUAAACUGCGGGGAUCCAGGUGUUCCAGCUAAUGGCCUACGCUACGGAGAGGACUUCACCAUUGGUCAGAAUGUUUCCUUCCAGUGCCAGCCAGGAUACAGGAUGGAGGAAGACGGGUCACCGGUGAGGACCUGCACCCAGAAUGGGACAUGGAGUGGGAACAUGCCUAUAUGUACAGCAGUGACCUGCCCAGCGCCCCCUUCCAUCAGCAAUGGGGUACUGCAGGGCAGUGACUUUGAGUGGGGCAGCAGUGUGAGCUUCAGCUGCUCACCUGGAUAUGAGCUCUCAUUUCCAGCUGUUCUGACCUGUGUGGCCAAUGGCACCUGGAACGGCAUGCUACCACAGUGCUUACCCAAGUUUUGUGGUGAUCCUGGUACUCCAGUCGGUGGUUUCAGAGAGGGACGGAGUUUUAUCUACCAAUCGGAAGUGUCCUUCAGUUGUGCUACACCUUUCAUUUUGGUUGGCACAGCAACCAGACAAUGUGAAAGUGAUGGGACCUGGAGCGGCACGCAACCACGCUGUAUUGAACCGACCAAAACCAGCUGUGAUAACCCGGGAACGCCACGCUACGGCUCCUUAAACCGGACCUACGGCUUUAAGGUGGGGAGCGUGGUGUCAUUUCAGUGCCAGCCGGGACAUUUGAUUCAGGGCUCUUCCUCUCGAACCUGCCAGCCUGAUCUUACAUGGAGUGGAACACAACCUGAGUGCAUACCUCAUGCCUGUAAGCAGCCAGAGAGCCCACUCCAUGUGGAUGUGGUGGGGAUGGAUCUGCCUGGAUUUGGCUACACCUUGGUGUACAGCUGCCAGCAUGGCUACUUCCUGGCGGGGGGUUCUGAGCACAGAGUCUGCAAGAGUGAUGGCACUUGGACUGGAAAAAUGCCUAUAUGUCGAGCUGGAGAGAAGAAGAAACCCGUGAAACCAGCAACAGGAACUCCCAGCCCCAAACUCAACGUUCCAGAUGAUGUCUUUGCUCCUAACUACAUAUGGAAAGGCUCCUAUAAUUACCGUGGGAGGAAGCAGCCUAUGACACUGAGCAUCACCAGCUUCAACUCCACAACAGGAAGAGUCAACGUUUCCCUUAGCAACGGCAACAUGGACCUGCUCCUGUCAGGAGUGUAUAAAGCUGCUGAGGCCAGGCUGUUACUGCUAAUGUAUCAGGUGAACUAUGUGAACCAGGGUAACCAGCUCAAGGACUCAGCCAUAACUCCGGCCAAAAUCAUUGAAGACUCGUGGACCAUGGAUGGAUUUGUAUCAGCAGAGCCGGAUGGUUCAAGUUAUGUGUUCCAAGGUUUCAUUCAGGGAAAAGACUACGGACAGUUUGGACUGCAAAGACUGGGUCUGAAUAUGUCAGAGAGUCAGAACUCUCCACCCCCCCAGCUCGGUACCAACAGCAGUUCUGUGGCUAUCGCUAUUCUGGUGCCUUUCUUCGCUCUAAUAUUCACCGGCUUUGGUUUCUAUCUCUACAAACAAAGAACCACACCAAAAACACAGUACACAGGCUGCUCAGUCCAUGAAAACAACAACGGCCAGGCCGCCUUCGAGAAUCCCAUGUAUAACACCAACGCCAAGGCUGUGGAGGGGAAGGCGGUUAGAUUCGAUCCCAAUCUGAAUACUGUCUGCACCAUGGUCUAAGGAUUGAUUAUCCUCGCCUGAACCUAAUGACUUAAAUAUCUAAUGGGACCACAGUUGGAACGAGGCUGUGGGAGCCGUAUGCUUCGACUAAAACCUCAACACCAUCAGCAACAUGGUACACAUCGAUUACAGAAGACCUACAGCACCUGAUUAGAACAAGUGGAAAGAAGAGUGUCCCCUUAUAAUCAACGCUGGCCACAAAAUGGCCAAACCAACACUGAGAUUCGACAUGGAGAGAAUGGAAAAGAUGUAACCCAGCUGAAUACUAAUCCAGCUAUAAUCAGUCUCUAACCCCAAGACUCAGAUGGUCAUGGAUAGAUUAUAAUUUGAUUCUAAACCACAGAGAGUUAUUAUUCUCCAACCUCUAAUUUAACCCCGAUCACUCUCUCUGAUACCAGUCCCACUGAUUUCGCCAUGACCUGCUUGUCGGAUUUCGUGCCAUGUCACCGUAACCCAGUGCCGAAUUUUGUAUUUCACACAGAGCUUUGGAGAGAAGGAGCCACUCUCUGCUCUAUGAGUAAAGCCCUGCCUGAAGAGAGAAAGAGAGAGAGAGAGAGCAUGAGGAAGAGGAGCACAUUAUCAGUGCUCAGGCCAUGGUUAUACAUCAUGGUGAUAAACUGCACUACAGAAAUUUUUGAUAUUAUUUGUACCAUGUCUUCUCCUGCUACUCCUCUCAACAAAUCCUUUCUGUGAGCAAGAGAGGCUGAACAGACACAGAUGGGAAAGUGUGACAUGAAGAUGAUGUCACAGAAGACACUGUGAAGCAAAGAUUUUUUAAAAUAAAGUUUGGCUCAAAAAACGACAGAAAAAAACACUGUCAUAAGGCAGUACAACAGCCUGGCUUGUUUUAAACAGGACUCUAAGACGACGAAGAAAUACACAAUCCAGGCAAAGAGACAGAAGGCUGGUGCUACUAGUCUCUUGUCUUUUUCUAUUAAAAAGGCAUCUAAAAUUGCUAAUGCUAGCAGACAGUAGCAAAAAGUUGCUUUGAACAGCGCCUGACUCCUAAGCAAAGGAUAAGGGCGGCCCUGGAGACGGAGCUAUAAUCCUAACUGAACUGGGAUUAGAGCAAGAGCCAAACUAAAAGGAGUCUAAAGGGUGAGCUAGCACCAGGAGAACAGAUGAGAAGAGAUGGACUCAUCAAACGGAUAAACUGCUCCCUCCUAUCCAAUGGAUGAGAGAGGAGACCGAGCCAACCCCUAACUGAACUGGAAGCAGGGUGAGGGAGUCAUCAAGAGAAAACGAUGAGAUCUUUAAAAAUCCUAACACAGCCAAUCAGAGCCUGUCGAACCUGAAAUCAACUGCUGAGUGAGGUCGGCCUUUCCUCCACAUAAUGAAUCAGAUCAGACGGCCCUGAGGAAUCCGAUCCUGUGAAUUUCAAUGGACUCUGAUGAGAGAGACAGCGAACGGAUACAGAGGACUCUGAUGGACUUUCAAAGAAAAAAGACUUUGAGAAACAGAGGAAGCUCUCUGGCACUAAAGCACAUUUUAACAGGAACCCUACCUGUCCAACCCACGGAGAGACGGACUGACACAGGGACAGAUAGAUGGGAGGUUAGAGGGAAGCCGACAGGAUGAGUGACAGACAGGUGAGAUGACAGGUACACUCACUAACAGAAAUGUGAGGCAGAGUCGACAGGUGGUAGUGAGACCGACCCAUGCAGACAGAAAGCUUGAACAGAGACAAGCAGGGUCUCAGGACUGAUGCAGACCAUCCCCGUACGUCUCCACUCUGCAGACAGACGAGUUUAAACACAGAUUAACCAGAUGAGCAGACACACAAAGUAAUAGACAAGCUAAAAGAAAGACAAACAGGGUUGUAGCCCUCAUUUGUGGACACAGCUCCACAGUAAUUCUGCACUCCGUGAGUGCUUAUCUCCUUUCUUUGUUACUGCUGCAGAAUCUUCUGAUCUGUAAAUCUAUUGCAUAUAUAUUCGGGAGCAUUCACCACCUAUAUUUUUGUGCUAUAUAUUUACCACGGGGAGGGGCUGAUGGGGACAGAUGGAUUAUAUCUGAGAGUUUUCAAAAAAAAUAAAGAUAUUUCAACUAUGUGUUGUUCACAGAAGUCACAAACAGUAUUUGAGUUGUUGUUUUAAAUGGGAUUGUUUCCUUUGCUUUAUGUGAUGUGAAGUUCCUUUCACCAUCACUGUCUUUCCCACCGAGGCAAUCAUGAGCAUCAUGGGUGUUGUUGUUGUCAUUAUUGUUGAGAUUUAAGGUUUUCCAGCAACAAUCAUGCUGUGUAAAGUUAAUAUGUCAAACAUUCAUCACAGGCGGCACAUUUGGAAUUUAUUCAUUGAUGGAUUUCAUGUUUUAUCUGCUGUUUCUUUGCCCCUUCGCUGGAGCUCUUACAUACAGUGAGUCAUGGAUUAUGGUACAAUGGUGACACAGGCAUCGCUUUGAUGAUCUGCUUGAAUAUCGUCACUGUUUUCAGAACCUAACUGGUGAUAUGAUGUCACAGAAAUUUGCACAUCAUUACCCCUAACUAAAGCUGUUUUUAAGCUACAGUUCUCAGAUGUUGCCAAACUCCAUACCACAGAUACCAGAUCUCAAAUGAAUCUCAUUUUUUAUUUAUUAUACAUACCCAGAGUCUUGCUCACUGGUAGAAUUAAUGUCUCUGAUAAUGCUAUGGUAAAGCCAAAUGAAAGACAGUAAAAAUAGUAAUUUUAUUAACUGAUUGUUGACAACGAUGCCCUACAUACAAAAUAUUUGACCACUUGUUAAAUGUCUGUUGUACAUUUUCCCGUCGUUUCAAGUUUGUUGUUUCUAUUUUUGUGUUCCUGCUUAGGAAUUCAAGUACAAAGCUUUGAUUCAUUUUAAAAAGUAGCUAUAAGAGUGUCCUUAGUUCAGUGUGUGACUUUAGUAGCGAAAGUCUACAUGUUUUAAACUUGUCUAUGCCCUCACAAAGUCACUAAAUUUUAAAUGAUCACAGCUACAAGUUCACCUCCAGGAUUUGAAUCUCUUGUCAUUUCCCACCAAAGUAAAAAGUUCUGGUCUCAAAAAUCAGCACUGAAUGGAUACACAUAUUCUGUUUUUUGAGUGCCUCUUAAAAAUUAAUCUUCCCUGUUACUGAAAUCUGCAUCAAUAAUAAAUUUGAGCCCCCAGUUUACAAGCCUCCAAUUACAGGUCUUAAAGAAGAUUUAAAAAUCUUUGGCAGUAAGAAUCAACCAGUCAUUUUUUUAAUCAAAGUUUUUUGCAUUUGCUUUAAAAAGUCUGUGAACAGCACAUUUAUUUUAGACAGUGAAGCUCUGUUCAUUUGGGAGAGAAUAUUAAGAUUACAAACUGACAAUUUAGUAAAUUCAAACAUAUCCAGAGGCCAUUGAGAUUCUUUUUCCCUUUUUCAUAAAAGUAUUUAAAAUCUCAGAUUGAUGUUCCCUGACUAGAAGCUCUUUUCAGAUCUGUUGUCCCAGCUUUUCUGUUAAAAUAUCGAACGGUAUCACCGCUGGUGGCUGUCGUUGCACAUUUUUAUCGGCCUUUACGAUGGAAGAAGAGAAGAUGAUUUUUAUAAGAAACCAUGCCCAUAUUGACAUUUCUAUAAUAGUGCCAUAUUUGAGGGGUUGGGUCUGAAAAUGCAUCACAUACCACUUUACAUGCAUAACCUGUUCUCACUUAAAACGACUACAUGUAUCGAUGAGCAUGAGUCACUGAAUUUGUUUUUGAAAUUAUGUUUCUGGGACUUUUAUUACAAGGUUUGAAUCCAACGUGGGUCCUCACUUGAUGAGUUUUUUUAAUGAGUCACAGUAAGAGAAAAAACAUCUUUGCUUGAAGAACCCUUGCAGCUGUGACCACAAGCACCAGUGAAAACUCCUCAGCUGCAUUGUUAGCGACAGCCUCCUUCUUUGUCAUUGCCCUCUCAUCCCUGCAUUGCUAAGGUAACAUUGAUUCUGAUUACAGUUUGGAUUGAUUGUUGCUGCUGUUGUUGCUGUUUUUUGUGUUCUUUUUUUUGUUUUGUUUUUCGGUAUGGAUCUGACACAGUGCCUACCAAAAACCAUGGGACCCUCCCUGUCGCCAACACACAUGCACACACAAACAAACAAACACAUUUGCUCCAACCCUCCCUCCCCCUCCAUCGGAAGUCCUUUUUUUCUAAGCUUCAGUCUAUUUUGCCACAAGCUUUUCCUACUGACUGACCGCAAUAAGACCCGUGUGAUUUGAAAGACUUAAAAGCUGUUCCUGCCUGGGGACAUUGGAAAUAUUCAC